AAGAAGAAGAAGAAGAAGAAGACACCGACGAACGUGAAAUCGGUCGCCGAGCUGCUGCUGCAUCAUCCGCCAGUCGAGCCACGAACCAGCAGACAGAACCGGACGUGGGGGAGAGGAAGAGAGAGAAAAAAUGGCGUUCACAUUCGCGGCCUUUUGUUAUAUGCUUGCUCUGCUGCUCACGGCGGCGCUUAUCUUCUUCGCUAUCUGGCACAUAAUAGCAUUCGACGAGCUGAAGACCGACUACAAGAAUCCUAUAGAUCAGUGUAACACUUUAAAUCCGCUGGUGCUUCCAGAGUAUCUCAUCCAUUUCUUCUUCUGUGUGAUGUUCUUCUGUGCGGCCGAGUGGCUCACGCUCUGUCUCAACACACCGCUGCUGGCGUAUCAUGUGUGGAGGUACAUGAGCAGACCGGUGAUGAGCAGCCCUGGACUCUACGACCCAACAACCAUCAUGAAUGCCGACAUUCUGGCGUACUGUCAAAAAGAGGGCUGGUGCAAACUGGCGUUCUAUCUCCUUUCCUUCUUCUACUAUCUCUAUGGGAUGAUCUAUGUGCUGGUGAGCUCUUAAACCGGACGAUGGAAGGAAGCGGACCUGCAUGUACAGUAGACGACCAGACGCUACGACCUUAGUGCUGGAACACUGGACCUGCUGGAGAAGACCCACCGCUCAGCUACUUAAGACGCCAUUUCAAGCGGACGAACUCUCAAACCCCAUCCUUCCCCCCCCACACACACACACACACACACAGCGCAGUGUCAUUUCGGUCAAAACAUUUAGCCCCGUUUUUAAGAGGAAUAUCUUGGUCGCAGCGUUCUUUUUCAUUACAUUCUAGUUGAAAUUUUAUGGAAAAUAUGGACUAAACCUGAGUGGACAACUUUUUUUUGGUUUUCUUUUAAUUGUGUGGUGAUUUUUUUGAUACUUGGGGAUCUAAAAUAAAGUUUGUUUUCAUCUUGGUUCCCAACUUUUGAGUGUUUACAAAGUUAGGCAGACUUAAUUUUUCAGGUGUGAACUUCUCCGAGAGUCUGAGCUGUGUCUCUCAAUUUGCGUUAGCUUUUUUCCUGCUAAAUUAGAUUCUGGGUGUUAAAGGCAAAAUGUCUGCCUGCCACGUGAUUCAUCACCAUCACUAUAACGAAAUAGCAAAGUGCAAACGAGACUCCUGCUCUUGCUCACGGACACAUAAGGUCUUAAAACAGCGAGGGGCUGACGUGCGUGCAUGGGUUAUUAUCACUUAGAGAAACGUGUUGCACAGCGACAAUCGUAGUUUGGUUGUCACGACAUCAGUUUUCCGACCGUCUGAUGUGUCGUUUCCAUACUUCAGACCCCAUCUAUCACGUGACGUCAUGUAACCCCCUGCUGAUGAAUAAAUAAACGGUGAUGUUUUUAUGUGUGAAUCCACAGUAGAAAGCAAACGUGUGUGCGACCCGUGUUUGUGUAGAAUCACCUCCUCCCGCCGCCACAAGGCGUCGAUAAAUCAUAAAGGUGGACUCAACAGUACAAGAAUCCUUUUUCAGCAUUAGGAAGCGACAAUUCUUAAAUUCUCUGCUUUCUGCGUUUGUUCUUUUGGUCUGAAGCUGCUGCUGAUGUGCCAUACUGUUGAAUGUACCUUGUCAAAACUCCUUAUCUGUUUGUCAUUGUGCAUUUUGUUUUAUUUCAACACCAAAUAUUCCACCUUGUUAGAAAAACAACUCCAAAUUUGAUUUGUUUUGUUUUUUUAUCUCCAGGAUUAUCAAACACUCCUCCUCAGUGUUGCUCAUUUCAGGAUUCAUAAAAAAAUCUGGAAAGUGAUUUUUUGUCUUUAGAGUCGAGGCUAAUUUUUCCAAAAUAAUACUAGAGUAUUUAUUACCAUUUUUUUAAAUGUGAAAGUUUUAUCAGGGAAAGGGGGAUGAUCAUCUGUCACAUAAAAUGACAUUUUUUAUGUAUUAGAUCCCAUUGUGUCACAUCUAGGUAAUGACAACUUGAGUUUAUUUGAAUCUAAAUAAAUCUAUCCCACUCUUUAAAAA